AUGGCGUCUUCAGCUAAAGGGGCGGUGUGGAAGGAAGGGCAGGCGGAAGGGUCGCCUUGGCCCAAUUGGAUUACGGGUCGGGUUUCGUUCGGGUCGAGGUUCUCCGUGAGUUUGUUAAGCACUCCUCUGAUAGUAAAGGCUGAGGCCUGCAUUCCUAUGCAGACAUUUUACUCACGAAGGACGAUAAUCGAUAACGACGGCAACGGCAGUAGAGGAUACGAGUCUAAUUUAAUCACUGACAAGAACACAAUCCUGUUUGCUUACUCAAGACUCGCAAUCCCUUCUCCUCUAUAUAGACGACGGAAGAGUGUAGAAACUGGUAAAGUCAGUGAUCUGAUGAUUUUCCGGGCUCUCGACCAGAAAACUAUCCACAACAUCUUCCCUGGGCAGCAACCAAUGCUCGACAUCAUUCUCGUCGAAAUCAGGCGCCACAGCAAACUGCUUCAAGUAGUUGCGCAGCAAACGGGUGACAGCUGGCACGUCGUGGGGCUCCAUUUUCCUGAACCCGGGAGCUACAUCCAGCUUCAGAUAAAGUAG